GGCAUAUUCUAAAAGCAAAAACACUCUAAAAGGGAAUUGGGAAAAAGUCAAAAAACCUCGCUCUAAACUUUGAAUCUCCAAGGCAAUGUGACCGGGUAUGCUUCUUUGAAUAAUGGUCAUACAAGGUCGACAGCUGAUUUGAAUUCAAAGCCCAAAAAAAGUAUUGAUUAGCAAUAACCGUAGAUUUAGCUUAGUUCCCUAGAUAAGAAUAGGCGAAGACAUGGAUUUCACGGGCUUCGAAGUGCGUAAGUGCCCGCCGACUGUCACGUACAUUCCUAACUUCAUCACUUCCGAGGAGGAGCAGCGUAUCCUUAGCCACAUCGAGAGGACACCAAAGCCACGUUGGACACAGCUCCUCAACCGCCGGCUGGUAAACUACGGCGGAGUGCCUCAUCCCAACGGAAUGAUUGCCGAAGAGAUCCCCGAGUGGCUGCAGAGCUAUGUGGAUAAAGUUAACAACCUUGGCAUAUUCGAGUCCCAGAAAGCUAAUCAUGUGCUUGUUAACGAGUAUCUGCCAGGCCAGGGCAUUCUUCCCCACACCGAUGGUCCCCUCUUUUACCCAAUCAUCUCCACGAUUUCCUGCGGAUCCCAUACUGUCUUGGAGUUUGCCAAAAGGGAGGGGGCUGGCGAUGAUCCUGAAACCAAGGAUUCCGACACUCCUCCUGCCCGUGAGGUGAUCUUUAAGCUACUACUGGAACCUCGCAGUCUACUCAUCCUAAAGGAUUCGCUUUACAGCGAAUACUUACAUUCAAUUGCCGAGACCAACGAGGAUGUGCUCUGCGAUCGUAUUGCCAACUAUGACUUAUGCGAGAACACCUACAAGAUCGGGGAUCAUUUGCCCCGUCGCUCGCCUCGCAUUUCGCUGACAAUUCGCAAUGUUCCAAAGACCAGCAAGAUGAAGCUUAAGUUUUGCUAGGUCGAUUCCGCACUUAGUUGUUGAUUAAAUGUUGCAAUGUUAAUGUUAACCUCACGUUAACCGAACCCACUGAAGUCAGCCCACGAGAUAUACGGGAUGGGAGGAGCCCUGUUGAAUAGAGUGACUAAGAUAAUCUGCAAACUGAAUCUUCCUGUAGUCUUUUAAGCACCCAAAAACGCAAGCAGUGAUGGGUAGCACCUAGAUAGAUUAACAAGGGUUUUCAUUGCAGGUUUAAGUCGAGUUAUUUUUAAUUUAUAUAUCAUUUUUAAUGGUCACUCUGCACGUGAUAUUAAUGGUUACUUAAAAGUUAUGAUCAUCUUUUAAGAAACACAAUUCUGUUUGCAAGAUAUUUGCUUUAAAAAAUUAAAUUAGCUUUGGAAAGUUAAGAAAAACACUAAUAUGUAUCAUGAAAUUGCAAGAAAACCCAUUUCCCAUCACUGCUUCACAAGCAAUUAACGUUGGCCCACACAAAAGUGCUUUAUUUUGACCGUUAACAUUAUGUGUACAUAUAUAAAUGUUUUGUAUUACGUAUUAUUACGGAGCAAUAAGUUGGGCUGAUGGGCGGACAGGCCUGGAAAGGAAAAGUUCCAGCAGGCAUUGCCACCGCCUUUCCGCCUGUGGCAUUUAGAUUUAGUUACGCGAGCAAUUGUUGAGAGCAAUCCACGGUCUAGAUUUGUGAAAUAUGUAGCUAUAUAUAUAUAUAUAUUUAUGAAUGGAGCACUCCGCACACUCUGAACUGUAGUCGUAUGCUCCAAGCGCCAGUGUAUCCAGUGUCCAAGUGUAUUUUUGUAACCAUUUUUUCCACCGCGCACCGUAAAAUAUUUGAACUGGAACUGCUAGUUCCAGCCAGAAAAGUGUUACAAAUAAACGUUACUGUGUCCACCCA